UUCCGGGGUCGAAGGGUGCGCGGGGUUGAAAGCAGGCCGCUCCGCCCCGUCCCCCUCCCAGACCAGCAGAGGCAGCAGCCGGAGCAGCCGCAGCCUGCGCCCUCUCCCGCCCGCCCGCCCUCCGCCCGCCCGCCCGCCCGCCCUCCGCCGCCCUCCACCCGCCCCGGGGUCUCUUUCCCCCUUCCUCCUCCUCCACCCCCCCCUUCCUCCUCCGCCCGCCCGCGGGGCCCCCCUCGCCUUCCCGCCCGCCCCUAUUGUUCCGCCCCCGGCCUCCCGCCCUUCCCCUUCCCGCCCGCUCCCCUUUUCCCCUCAGUCGCCUCGCGCCUGCAGUUUUUGGCUUUUACCCCCCACCAGUGACCAAAGACUUGACCACUCCCCAGAGUCCAGCUCCCCAGAACACUGCUCGACAUGGACACCGGUGUGAUUGAAGGUGGAUUAAAUGUCACUCUCACCAUCCGGCUACUUAUGCAUGGAAAGGAAGUUGGCAGUAUCAUCGGAAAGAAAGGAGAAUCAGUUAAGAAGAUGCGCGAAGAGAGUGGUGCACGUAUCAACAUCUCAGAAGGGAAUUGUCCUGAGAGAAUUAUCACUUUGGCUGGACCCACUAAUGCCAUCUUCAAAGCCUUUGCUAUGAUCAUUGACAAACUGGAAGAGGACAUAAGCAGCUCUAUGACCAAUAGUACAGCUGCCAGUAGACCCCCGGUCACCCUGAGGCUGGUGGUUCCUGCUAGUCAGUGUGGCUCUCUCAUUGGAAAAGGUGGUUGCAAGAUCAAGGAAAUACGAGAGAGUACAGGGGCUCAGGUCCAGGUGGCAGGGGAUAUGUUACCCAACUCAACUGAGCGGGCCAUCACUAUUGCUGGCAUUCCGCAAUCCAUCAUUGAGUGUGUCAAACAGAUCUGCGUGGUCAUGUUGGAGACUCUCUCCCAGUCCCCCCCGAAGGGCGUGACCAUCCCGUACCGGCCCAAGCCGUCCAGCUCUCCGGUCAUCUUUGCAGGUGGUCAGGACAGGUACAGCACAGGCAGCGACAGUGCGAGCUUUCCCCACACCACCCCGUCCAUGUGCCUCAACCCUGACCUGGAGGGACCACCUCUAGAGGCCUAUACCAUUCAAGGACAGUAUGCCAUUCCACAGCCAGAUUUGACCAAGCUGCACCAGUUGGCAAUGCAACAGUCUCAUUUUCCCAUGACGCAUGGCAACACCGGAUUCAGUGGCAUUGAAUCCAGCUCUCCAGAGGUGAAAGGCUAUUGGGCAGGUUUGGAUGCAUCUGCUCAGACUACUUCUCAUGAACUCACCAUUCCAAACGAUUUGAUUGGCUGCAUAAUCGGGCGUCAGGGCGCCAAAAUCAAUGAGAUCCGUCAGAUGUCUGGGGCGCAGAUCAAAAUUGCGAACCCAGUGGAAGGAUCUACUGAUAGGCAGGUUACCAUCACUGGAUCUGCUGCCAGCAUUAGCCUGGCUCAAUAUCUAAUCAAUGUCAGGUGUUAUUGUUCAAAGCUUGUGGGAAUGUGGGAAGCACAGGUAUGGAAUGUUUUAGAGAAGUGUGAAGUAUGUUUUUUAUCUCACCCCUCCCCCAGUCUCAUCCCUUAAUGACUUCCUGAAGGGUUUUUUCCUCUUACCCACAGCUAGCUAAUGUUACUACCCUCAGAAUUUUAGGACAAUGGUCACAGUCAAAUGGGAUCCUACAGUCAUUUAUAGUACUUGCUUUCUCAACUCUUGAGUUUAAGUUGGACCUUUAAUUGCUUAUUAACAUUUUAAAGCAUUGUUAGCCCUGAGGCCCUUAGGUCCCUUUUAAUGGAGAGUGUUGUCUAGUUGUCAUUUACCUUUCUUAUAAGUGUCUGGUCUCUUUGUCAUAAAAGUUUUGCAUGAGUUCCUGAAACUACUAUGGGGAAAGGAAUUCAUAAAUAUGAGGUCUGUAUUGUCAUGCUUGUACUGACCAUGUAUGUAUGCUGUGGUUAGCCUAGCUAAGAGCUUACCAUUUCCCCAGUAGCAGUCUGACUUUUGCCUUAGGUCUCUCCAUAUCUUGAGGUGCUGCUACUCUUGGUAUAGAAAAGCUUUCCCAUUCCUAGAUUUGUUUUCUUGUCCAUCCACUAAGCACACUAGGUCCUUAAUGUUCAGAAUGAAAUGGUAGUACCAAAAUUUUACAUAGAGGUUGUUUGCAGAGGUGCUUUUAAUAUAAACGGGGUUUCACCUUGUUGGUCGGGCUUGUCUCCACAAUUCCAGACCUCAAGUGAUGUGCCUCCCAAAGUGCUGGGAUUACAAGAAUUAUUUUUCUUAUUCUGACUAGGAUUUUGGAGGGGAGUUUUCAGUGGCAACAGUCAUGUUUUUGAAAGCUGGAAUUUGUUUUGUUCUUUUGAUAGGCUUGCCCUUCAUAAAAUUUAAAUGUGACCUGCUUGCCUAGCCCCUGCAAUAGGUCAGUGGCUACAUUGUAAGGAAAUAGAAUUCUCUAGCCAGAGUCACUCUUUUCAGGAUCAUUCUUAUUGAAUGGCAGUUCAGGAUCAUUAGGGUCAGUACUUUUCAGAGCUUCAUCUAACACCGAAGCAAGGACUAUGCAUGCACAAAGCUUAUUCUUUCUCACCUUGGUCCAGUUUAAAUGCAGAAGUCAGAAGUUGUUUUUUUUUUUUUUUUUUUCCCCCCUCCAUUUUUUUAAGGCAAGGAUUUUACUGGCUUCUGAGCAUUUUCUCCUGUCUAGAUUUUUUUGUGGUGGCAGUCUGAGUCCUUUUAUAUAGUUGGUGGAGAUUUGUAGUCCUCUCCUUUAUGGAUUGCAGCUGUCCUUGGACAUAGGUAAACAAAAUGAGGUUUUAAGGGGAGCCUUUCUGCUCUUGAAGACGUAGGUUUGUGGGCUCAAUUGUCCAGGCAAACUUCUCAAAUAUAAGUAGUUCUGAUUUAGUAGACACAUACAGGAAUUUGGGAGACACAUAUCCUUACUGUUCUGUGGAGGUUAUUUUAGGAGUAGAAGCAGCAGCAUUUUCACUUUUUAAAUAUGAAUUUUUAGGUGAUGCUUGAGUUUCUCUUUUCCACUUCUGAAAAGUCCACAUUAGAAGUAUGAUCAGUCAAAAACAAAGAAUUUCUUAUACCACCUCCCACCAGAAAAGCUUUCCUAGUUCUUAUCUACACUUCUGUUCUCAGCAUUUUUCUUUGAAAACACUGCAUUCUUUGAAAUUUGAAAUUAGUCAGUGACCUACUUUGGAUUCUUGUCUCCUUCCACCCUAAUAUUGGUUUGUUUGUUUUGGAAAUGUAAGCAGACUUUAAUACUACAGCUGGAAGGAUUUUUUAAAAUUGUGUUUAUAAAUACUCAAAGCUCCAUAAGUAAUUUCGGGUUAAUUGAUUUUCCAUUAGAAUAGGAAAUUGACAUUUGAUUGGAGGAAACAUUUUUUCUUUGUUGGGUGACUGAUGAGUAUCUUUCAUUUUCUACCUGAAAUCAUUCCUUCAACAUCUGGGUUGGGUCAGUGUGUCAGGUAUAUGGAAGUACGUGCUCUGUGAUUUGAUUUCUCUGUCAGCUUUUUCUAUGCCAGUUUUUAAGUAGCUUUGUGGAA